UUCUAUACCCACCUGAGCAUACACAAACACCUUCAUCUGUGGCGUAUUCAUUGCUUUGUUACUUGUCGAAGUGCCUUCCGUACCGGGUUAGCGUCAGGCAUCCAUGGGCACGUGCGAGGUUCCCAAGAGCCACCUGUAAUCAGUUAGCACAUCUUACUUACCGUCUCAUGUGUCAUAUAAGCUAUGACUGUUACCCACUACCUAACUACAUAUCAAGAGACUUCUCCUAUUUACGAGUCCUUCGUUGCGACACCACCAUGAGACUCGAACUGGAUUCGAAGAAGUUGCGAUCUUCUACACCUCAAGGCAUCCUGGAAUAUUUCAGGAACGCACUAGAGAUCUCGUCAGAUGAAGAAGUAACGGAUCAACUUCUUCAUCUCAUUGAAAUAGAUUCUCUCUCACCUCGUCCAUUUAUCCAUCUGUGGCUCAAAGUUUCCUCUUCGCCUGGAGCGUUGUGGAAGUGCAUGCAACAACGAUUCUCUAUCAUCACACGAAUCACAUCGAUUGUGCGUUUCGGGAAACGUCUUCAAUCGUCGAGUUGGAAAGUAUUUUGGGACGGCGUGGGCGGUGUUGAUGGUCUCGUUACUCUGUUCAGCGAUUUCUCCGAGUAUGAAGUCAGGAGUGCUUGUCGUGCUAUCGCGCAUAGUUGGAGGGGUGGCGAUGUGGAAGUCAAAUCCAGGUGUUUCAAAGACCUCUUCCAUGCCCUCCAGUCGCCCUCUCCGAAUCAAAAGAUCCUGGAUGAACGGCCACUGGACAAAUAUUAUCGAACUCUGCUUCCCGCAUGUGUCGAGAUAGAAGACAAGUCCACCAUUCUUUCAAUGGGCGACAGAGAGGAGAAGUUGUUUUUCAGGCAUAAUCAUAUCGCUCUGAAGAAUCGAUUUCUGGAAUCCAUCGUAGGGGAGAACCCAAACCGCGACGAGUGGUUAUACCCAAUUCUCAGCCGAUAUCUUCUCUACACAUCAUCGAGAUGGGGGCCACUUGAAGCGAUGCCAUUUCCACUUAGAAUUCUCCAAGCGAUGGCGACGGUGAAACACCCCAUUUUCGAUUAUCAGACCUUCAUGAACUCUCUGGCACAUCCCCUUCUGAUGCGCGGUAUACGACAAAAAGCGUCCUGGGCUCUUCUACAAGACAUUAUUGUGACUAGCCUGUCCUGGAUCGAACGCCAUGGACAUCUCGAUAAGCUUGCAUGGAAAUGCAACAGCUUUGUUCACCUGAUCGCGAAAUGCUGGUACAAGAAGCAAGACAUGUUCUCACAACUAUUUGCGAAGGUGAUUGUGGAUGGUAACAAAGAUCUAAGCGCGUUAAGCUCCCGUCUGGGUCACAUCAGGAGUGAUUUGCCUUUCAGUCUGCACUAUCAUCAAUUCCGUUUUGGCUGGCAAAGCUUGGGUUACAACGCAGAUAACCCAGAGCACAUGCGCGAGAUAUUUGCUCAGAUGCGCGAUUAUAUGGUUUGCAGUCUUGAUCCUGAGGAAUCGUCAUGGCUUCUUAAUCGCUUAGAUGCAGCGAGUCUCGUCGAAACACCAUCUCAAUCAGCUACACAACCGCGCGCCCUACCCUCCAGAUGGUGUUUCACCAAAAGCCCUAAGAUUGAUUUCGACUGUGGUCCGGACCUUCUACAAGUCAUCCUCUUACAUCGUAGCGGGCACCAAGAAGCAGCAAAUGAGCUCGCUCAGAUCAACAUCCAGGAAAGAAAGAAGAAAGCAGUGUCUAGCAGUGACUCUUACUUCCGCGGUCAGCAUGCUUGCGCUGUACUUACAUUCAGCAAAGAAAGUGGAUGUUUAGAAAUAUAUAUGAAGGAACAAAUUUGGGCACGUCGGUUUGUGCGAGAUCCACUUGUUGCAAGACAGCUGUGGGCUUCGACAUCCCGAUCUGAGAUCGCUAUGUUAUCUGGUAUCCCAGCGAAGCCUUUUUUAACUCCUGAAUUGACUGUACAUGAUAUCAGCAGAGGCGUUGUAUCUGCCAAUAGAGCUAUAGUAGAUCUGUUCGAAACGGUCGACAUGGCGAAGCGUGAGCCAUCGUACAAUGCGCAUGCUUAUAGCGGAAUUCAUUGCAUGCCUUUGAAUGUUAUUUUGGAGCGCAUGCGCAGGCUUCCCCAUCUCACAGAGUAUUGCGGAUUCUCUGAUGAGCAAUCUCGUCAAGGAGUAGAGAGUAACACCGUGACCAUGUUGUUAUCACGCGAGGAGAAACUUCUAGCCCCAGUGCUUUCUGAAAAAAUCACUCGGAUAGGCCACAAAGAUCCAUCUAUAUUACAGUUCGUGGACAACUGGUUGAAAGCGCGAGAUGAAUUGUGGAGAACCUUGCGACCUGUAGCUCUUCCCGAUUUCGCCGAACUCCCUCGACCGUUUCCUCAAGGCCUUCCAAUCCAGGUUUUGAUUGCUCCAUUCACGUUUCGUUCCGCAAUCUUGGAAACACAUAUGCCUUUUCUGGCAUCACGCGUAGGCGAGGUAAUAUUUGCGGAUCCUCAGGAAGCCUUCCAGCCGUUUCCAGUAGGCGACGAUGAGAUGAUGGAUAGAAAGGUUCUCGUUGAUCAUUACCAUAAGGCACUGGAGCUGUAUAUCCUCAUGGGAUCUACGACUCUUGAGCAAAAGGAACGCGCUCAGCGCGCUUGGAACUACGCUAUUGGUCCAUUGUCUCAGGCACGGUUGAGCGAAGCGGAAGCGAUUCGCUACUGGAAAAACGAAUUUGCUCAAACGAAAAUUGAUCUAAAAUCUCCGACUGUCCAACCCUCUGUCGCUGAAGCUUGGCUUGUGGUCCCAGAAGUAGACAACCCUUGUAAUAUCGAGGAAUGGGGUCUCCAUCCGCCGACCAAACAUAUCCCUUCCCCGACGAAAGUUUUGAAACCGUUGGCUUAUAUUGAUCUUGUCAAAAUGACCUCAAACACUCGCCUAACCUCCUUCCCCACGAUACGUAGUGUCAGCAAAACGAUUAUCAGGGUGCCAGGCGAACAAAUUAAAGCAAGAGGUAUGCUGCUUUUAGAGAGGAUUGACCAAGCUCUUAGGGAGCCAUCUGUUAUGGACGGCAUACUAUUGACUAGCAUUCUUUUCUUGGACGAAACAGGUGGAACAGGCGAAAGACUUCUGUCCAAACCAUUUCCCGGCACAAAUCCUGCGACGAUCAGAUUUCCCACGUUAUACCUAGAUGGAGAGACUCUUCGCGACCCCUUGUGCACGAAAGAGGAAGCAUUUUCAAUGCUUCGUAGAUUGAUUCAUUAUGUUCCUCCUAGUAUGAUAGCCAAAGGCGCAAACAGUGCGCUCGAGCAGUUGAAUAAGACGGCUGCGAACAUUGAUGAACACAGGGAGUGGUCAAGCUUACUGUACAGAUACCUGGAUCUCCUCAAACGAAGCGAUAGGCCGGCGCUUGCUGCAAAAUUGGCGAUACAGUACAUGAAAAGUUCAUCCGAUUCCAGUACCUGGUAUUGGAUAGCUCUGUCACACGAGCUUCUCAAAAGACUAUCCGCAUCUGAUGCACAAGCAUGUAUUCUGUACUUUGCAGAUGCCAUUUUCGAUAAAUUAGAAGAGCGUACCAAGAUCCAAGCAGAACUUCUCACGGGGAAUAACAGCAGAGAUUCCGAAGUACUCGAUUCAUCGAUGAAGAAGCAGCAACAGGAUCCUUCGCCGUUACUGAAGGUGACCACCGUCAAAUUACUAGUGAAUAGUCUCAAAGAUGCAGCCUAUGUCUCCACCAAAUGUUCGCUCUCCGUUUUGACAAAAGUUCUCGCCAAAUUUUCGCAUAACGACGUUCAAGGCGCUGUUGUUUCCAGUCUAUUAGCAAUGUAUGGAUCCAAGCCCUUGAUGGCUGAAACGGAUGACAACGUCCUGCACGCUCUGGAGACUGUCAUACCAAUCGCCACUAAUUUGCGUGAGCGGGAGCCUAUUAGUGCCAGCGAAUGGAAAACGGCAGAGACGACAUCUACACCACCCCGACUCACGGCUCAACUCCUAUCUGAGAACGAUACACCGUUGCUACUUUCUCUGUUGGACUUCCUCAAGGAAAAGAUGGGGCACGUGGAUUCCGAUAAACAGAAGAAUUACUUCACCUCUAUCAUUUUGCCUAUUCACGCUGGAUUGAAGGAGCAAACUGAGCGAUGGAUACACAUUUUCAUGCGCCAACAUGGAAUCUCCGGACCUUAUCAUAUCCCUUACCCUCCAUUUAACCACGACAUCACACAAAGGAUAUUCCGAGACGCGUCCAGGCAUGCGCCUCUGUCAUUGUUAGAUGACUACGUUAGAUAUGUUCACUUCAACAUCACGCCUCCAGAACCAAUUGCGUCUCUGAACAAGCGCCUCCAACCUCGCAAAGACAAACCACUCACACCAGCCGCCAAGUUCUGGCUCUCACACUUUGGGAGAGGACUCAACAUCGUGGGGACAGCCAUCACGGCUCUCAUUACUCUUCUGGAUAAAUCGUAUUCCCAUCAACCGAGCGCUAUCACGCCCACUCACAUCCAGGAGCAAUACGUGCAGCUCUUUGUUCUAACUCUGGACCACGACACGGAGCACCUUACUUACACGCGGCGAUUUACAGACCGCUUGUGCAGCGCACUCGAUAACCCCAAAAGCUCCUUUCCUGCUUCCUGGGGUACUCGGUAUAAGCCGAUCCUUGAAGCCAUAAUCGCUCACAUAGAGUACGCGCGCAAUUCCAACAAUCCCUCCGGGUCCACCUCUGCCAGAAUAUUGCCCACUACUUUUAAGCUACAGAUGUACAUGAUGCGAUUUGCCGCGCGGUAUUCAGACAAGCUACCGAUUGACCGCCCAGCGAGCCGCGAAGAGCGAGAAGCCCAUUGUGAAGCCUUCGCCGCACGUGUAAUGCGGUGCACAGACGCUAUGCCGGGGACCGUAUACCACGAACAGUUUGCGCAGCUUCAGCUCGUGUUGAAGUUUCUGCAAGGUGAUGAUAGGUUCAGAGUUGCGUGCUACUUGGGGGAUAUUGGCUGGAUGAUGCAGGUUGAGUGGGAGAUACAAGAUGUGCUGCGGGUGGAGUUGGCCGCGGGAUUAGCUAGGAAAGUGGGAGAGGUGGAAAGCGAGGAGUUGAAGAAUAAAGUUGAGUGGAUGAUUCAGAGCUGGAAGGUCUGCGAAAGGGAAGAGAUUAGAGCGCUGGGGAUGGGGGCUGGGAAGGUGAAUUGGGGAUUCUGA